AUGAAAGAAGCUCAGGAUUGGGUCAGGGCCAUCGCGGCCGUCAUGACCAUCGCCACCUUCGUGGGCAGCCUGACCGUGGCCGAUCAGAUCUGGCAUGCUCGGAGUUCGUCCGGCAUCGAGUACUUUCCCCUGGGCCUGGGCCUCCUCUGCAGGAACACCUGGAUGCUGUACGGGUACACCGCCGGCGAGUACACCGUGAUGUGCGUGAACGCCUGCGGCUUCGCCUUGGCGGUAUUUAUCUCGAGGGAGCACCGGGCCUUCUCUCCCGACACUAAGCACGACGGUACUGUGAUGCUGUGGCUCGUGCUGAUGAACAUCUUUUUCCCGUGGAGUUCCGCGGUGGAGCUCGGUAAACUGGCGGUGAUUUUGGCGGUGAUCAGCGACCUUCAGCCAGUAUUGCGCAUCUGUCGGAAGGCACCGCUGCCAUACACCGCCGCUUGGACGCUGGCCACUUCUGGACUGUGGACGCUGUACGGCGUUCUCUCAUGGAACGAGUGUAUAUUCCUGGGCCACAUCGUUGGCGUCCUGGUCGCCGCUGCCGAACUUAUCCUGGCUGUCUGGGUGUGA